CGCUAGCGGUCUUCACUAGUCCUGAUUGUCGGGCUUUUACUACGUUACACUUAUAUAUUCUCCUAUGUUAGCUGAUCACGUUGCUGAGACCGCGGUACAGAGUAUAGUCGUAGAUGCAAACUUCGUUUCGUGUUUGGUUUCUGAUGCCAUCGAAUGGUUGUCCGGGCCAGUUUCGGAAAGCACUACUGUUACUGCAUUGUUGUGGUAAGGUCGUCUAGAACAGCCGAACUCGUACAUCUUUGGAAUGUCUGGUUCAAGCGGCUACCAGAGACCCCCUUACCAGGACUAUGACACCCCCUUGGAAGGCGACAUUGCCGCAGCGGCAACGCCCUCUGAAGAAAGGGAGUUCAACACACUCGACGAACCAGUGCUUACAACCAUCGUAAGGGAUCUGAAGGCAAUUGGCAUCAAGUUUGCACAUGUCUUGUAUCCAAAACAAAAAAAUACAAUCUUGAGGGACUGGGACUUAUGGGGACCUCUAAUCCUGUGCGUCUUCCUUGCCAUGAUGCUACAGCAACCAGAGGAUGAAAAAAUACACAGCGGCGCUCCUCAGUUUGCCCAGAUAUUCGUCUUGGUGUGGCUGGGUGCCGGCAUCGUCACAUUGAACUGCAGGCUUUUGGGAGGGACAAUAUCAUUCUUUCAGAGUGUCUGUGUGCUGGGCUACUGCUUGCUGGCUCCCUGUGUUGCAUUGGUCAUAUGCAGAAUCAUUCUGCUAGCUGGGAAUCAGACUGUCGGCCUUUUCGUCCUACGCUUCUUUGUGAGCAUGCUUGGCUUUGGCUGGGCUGUAUUCGCAUCAACGGCAUUCCUCGCAGACAGCCAGCCAUCAUCAAAGAAAGCACUGGCGGUGUAUCCCAUCUGUCUUUUCUAUUUUGUGAUCAGCUGGCUGAUACUGGCGCGGUCACCCUAGGAUCUUGUGGAACAAGCCGAAGACAAAUCUUCCUUUGUACCUCCUCGUGAAGUGAACUCAAACAACAAUCACAGUGUAUGCACUGAUCCUGAUUUCUGUGUGCAUUUUUCUCUCUCUCUCGUUCAAAGGGGACACUGGGAUUGAGGCCUAAUUUAUUUUUUUUGCUCACCGAGUAGCAGAAAUAAAGAAAAAGAAAAUCAGGGGUGCUUUGGAACUAGUAGGGUUUCCUUUGGAAGGAAGGAAUGUGUUGUUCCAGCGGUUCAAAGAACUAGGAGUCGCUUCUAUUUUGAUGGAGGUAGCUGUCCUGAGUGUGAUAACAAGAGUGCGUUCUCGAAAGGCAUUCUUUACGUCUUGUUUCUGUUUGUGUGGGAGGCUGAUUGUUGAAAUGUCUAGUCACAUUCCACAAUUUUCUGUACAAAGAACACUUUUGUAAUAAAGGUUGCUUCUUAA